AACUCCCUAUACCAGCACCAUGUUAGGCUCUGUCCUCUUCUUUGCCGUCCUGGGCUAUGCCUCCAGCUGUGGUGUCCCCAGCUACCUGCCCAACCUGGCCACCAGGGUGGUGGGAGGAGAAGACGUCAGGCCCCAUAGCUGGCCCUGGCAGAUCUCCCUCCAGUACCUUAAGGAUGACACCUAUAAACAUACCUGCGGAGGGACCCUGAUCUCCAGCCAGCAUGUCCUGACUGCUGCCCACUGCAUAAGCAAAAGCAGAACCUACCGAGUGUUGCUGGGCAAGAAUAACCUGGCGGAGGAAGAGGCUGGCUCCGUGGCAGUGGCUGUGGAUACCAUUUUUGUCCAUGAGAAGUGGAAUAUCCUCCUGCUGCGCAAUGACAUCACCCUCAUCAAGCUGGCUGAGCCUGUGGAGCUGAGUGACACCAUCCAGGUGGCCUGCCUGCCCCCGCAGGACUCUCUGCUGCCUCAGGACUAUCCUUGCUAUGUGACUGGCUGGGGCCUCCUCUGGACCAAUGGCCCCAUUGCUGAUGUUCUCCAGCAGGGUCUACUGCCUGCAGUGGACCAUGAUACAUGCAGUCAGAGAGACUGGUGGAGCAUUCUGGUGACCCAAAACAUGGUGUGUGCUGGAGGAGAUGGAGUCAUCUCAGCAUGCAAUGGAGAUUCAGGUGGACCCCUAAACUGUGAGGCUGCAGAUGGAGCCUGGGAAGUGAGAGGUAUUGUGAGUUUUGGUUCUACCUGGGCCUGCAACACAGCCAAGAAGCCCACAGUCUUCACCCGGGUCUCUGCUUACAUUGACUGGAUUAACGAGAAAAUGCUGCUCUGAAUGAUCACCAGCUUCUCUACUGGGAAUUCCCUGGAAGAUGCUUCCCAAUAAACACUCCCAUUCAGCCCCAUCUUGGAUUUUCAAUAAAGUCUCCU